UCUUUUAGGGAUGUUGCAUACUGUGGAAGACAGCAGUGCCUUGGACCUGUUCCUAGAAGUUCUGGUGCAGCUUAUAGUGGAGCUGAAGUCGGAGCAGUACUUACGCUAUCUUUUGGAUGAAAGCCAAAAAGAGCUGUGCAAAGCAACUACCAUGAGAGGCAGCUUGCCCACAUUCACUCUCUUGGGCAAACUGGCAGAUGCCAUCCCUAUCUUAGCUGAUUUACUGGUGGUAGAGCACAGUAAUUUAGUGGAUCACCUGCUGAUGGGCUUGACAUAUCCAAAUGAAGGUGUAAAGGCUGCUGUCUGCUACUUGUAUGGCAAGCUGUACUCCUCUCCCGUUGGCACAGAACGGCUUUCAGCACACUUCACAGAAAGGCUGUGUGGUCUCUUCUUGAAUACUUUGGGACAUGCACAGACAAAGGAGCUACAGGUUAAUUGUUUGGGUUUGCUUAAGGAGCUGCUGAAAUCUGACCAUUUUGUGUCCGUUCUUAUGAACAAUUCAAAGGCAAAGGAGGAGUCUGAGAACCCUGACUUUUUAGAAGGCGAAAACCCACUGCCACUUGUUCUCAAAAAGCUUUUGUUGACCAGAGAUGAGAUGUUACAGGCAGCAAGUUCUCACUGUAUGGCAGCAGUGCUGGUUCACUCUCCUAGCAGAUACGCUCCUGCCUUUAUCCAUGCAGAUGUCCCAGAAUUCCUGUUUGAGUGUCUCUCAUGUACCAAUGAAAUUCUCAUCUGGUCAGUAUACUGCUGCUUGCUCCUCCUAACUGAAGAGCGCCUUUUCUUCUCGAAGUGUCACACAGUCUAUGGCAUUGAAUCUCUGGUGAGGAGCCUCCGAGAUGUCCUGCACCUGAACAAUGUAGAGUUGCACAAGCAAGGGCUCCUGCUCUUCACUGAAAUACUGAAACGGCAACCAUUGGAAAUCAAAUUAUUCACAAACCGAGGUGUAUGUAAAGAAGCCAUUGAUGUUCUGAUGGAGACGGUGAACUUCCCAGUGCUAGAGGUGGCAGUGGAGGCUGUGAAAGCUGUGGCAGCCUUUCUGAGGAAGGACCAUCUGAGCUCCCCUCCAGUACCGUAUGAAGAGCUGCAGAAGCUGCUGGAGGCAGUGCUGAAGCAAUGUGCUGACCUUUCCCCGCCACAGAGUACCAAGAGACAUGCAGGUGACCUCCUAUUCUCAGUGUCUCAGAGCCACCCAGGAAACAGAAAUCUUAGCAGAGUUCCUCAGAGACAGGGACAGUUCUUGCUCAACACCCUGGAAAGUUUCAGAAAUGCUUGUAGGUUGGCAGUGGAGUUCCAGAGUGACCCGAUGGCCCAGGAGAAUGCUUUCACUGCCCCCAGCUCCGAGAGCAGGGACACUCUAAGCAACUUCUCUGAGUUCCUGUUGAGGAUUUGUGACAACCUCUGCAUCCCCAUGGUCAUGAGCUACCUGGAAAGGGCUGUCAGCCCAUCAGUGAUGGAGGUUUUCGUAUCAACCCUUAAUACCCUGUUUACAGUGAUGCCGAACAUGAGAGAGAAGUUCUCCAAAAAGCUGGCAUCCUCCUCCUUCAUCCGACUGACACUAGAGCUGAAGGCCAGAUUUUGCUCUGUACAAAGUAAUCCUGUCUUGAAUCAAGCAUGUUCCAGCUUCCUCUACAACUUGUGCCUGAGCCUCUACUCUGCCAUGGAGAAGGAGAGAGAUUCUUCUCAAGAGGAGCAAGAGAUGUCUGAGCUCCUGCAGAAGGGCCUGCCUCAGUUAAACUACACAGUUCCUGAAGGCCUUCUCCUCCUGACUGAAAACCCUGAACCGUUCUCUUUGGAUCAGUCUCUUUGCAGCCAUCAGCACUGCUUCAUACUCCUCUUAUACUUUGCCUACACCACUGGGGACAGGUUUGUCCCAGAGGCAGAAUUAUUUUUAGCCAUAAAAAAUUUCCUUCUGUCAGCACAGGACCAUGGAGACUGUCCCCCUCCAUACAUAUUCAGAGCUGUGCUUUACCUCCUUGCUGUCUGCCAGGACAAAGGCAAAGACCUGGACUUGAGGUCAUUGUGUGCCAUAAAGAGGAUCCUGGACAAUCUCCCAGAUGUGAGCUUGGUCUACGUUCACUGUCCUCUUCUGCUGAAUUUUUUCCUACGCUACCCUGAACUUAUGAGCAGAUUUGGACACCAGGUCCUCCAACUCUGGUUUUCCUGGGAAGACUGCAAUCAAACUGAGACUGAAGAAGCUGGUUUUGGCAUGUCUGAUCAACUGACCAGUGUUAACCCUUUACUUCCCAUUCUGAAGAGCAAUUCAAGCAUUUUACUUAUUUUACUGGACUUGGUCUGCUCAAGCUCUGUGGAUGUGGCUCGGAAGGUGUUGGUGACUUUAAGAUCCUUCUUGGAAAGAAAUGAGGACGUUCUUGUCUGUGACCUCCUUCGGAGUCAGUUCCUACAGGUUCUGCAGCAGCUGCUGGUAGAGAGCAGCUCUGCCUCCUUACAAGCUAACAGAAACCUGCCUCUUUUGCUGAACCUCCUUUUCCUGGUGCAGCUGCGGAGCAGGGAUGUGAGGGAGCUGGACAGCACAGACUUCAGGCUGCUUCACCAGGUCAGUAACCUCUGCGGGAAAUGCACACCGAAGGACACUGACCUCCUGCAGCCAUCCUUGAAUUUCUUGUACUGGAGCCUUCAUCAAACAACACCUAGCAGUCAACAGAGAGCUGUGGCUGUGCUGCUCUCCAACGUGUCCUUGCUAGAGCUCCUGCAGAAGGUUUUGCAGUGCACCUGGUUGUGGUCCUCUCCCUCUGAACCUGCUUACCUAUCAUCUGAAGAUGCCUUACUCUGCUCUGGGUGGUUGUUGGCUGCUUCCCUCUUAAUUUAUCAGCAUCGUUACAAUGCUGAGGUUCACCAGACGCUCUCUGUAGACCUACCAGAAGUCCUGAAUGCAAUCAUCUUCAGGAAGAAGAAGCCCAUCCUGCUGCUAGUGAGCAUCCUGCAGUUCCUGAGAGCUAUCCUGCGACAGAACUUCUCCUCCUCUCUGCUGGUGACUGUCAUCCAAACCACAGCCCAAGGUGUGAGGGAACCACAGCUGUCAUCUGUGGAGGAUGCUGCCCUGCACCCCCUUGCUGUGCAGCAGGUCUUCUCACUUGUUGUCAGCCUGCAGAACCUCCUGGUGCACGUCCACUUGCAGAAAGACUUGCUGCUCUCUCAAGCUGUGGUUGCCUGCCUGGAAACCUUACUGGAGUACCUGUAUGUGAAGAACCAGGAUGUUGCACUACAUGUUGCCUCCCAGCCGUGGCACCGGUUCCUGCUCUUCACGCUACUUAGUGGCGGACGGAAGUCCUUUCUGCAGCCAGAAAUUCUCAGGCUCAUUACUUUGUUUGUGAGAUACCAGAGCAGCAAUAUUAUUUCUCAAAAAGAAAUAAGCCAGAUUCUCCAGGAGGCAGCAGAAGCCAAGUUAUCAGAGCUGCCUGAGGCCACGUGUCGUGCUCUUCAUCUCUUUCUUCGUCAGAUUCAGAGCAGUCGUCGUCAGAUGGAGCCAGUGCAGGCAGGGACUGUUCAGACCUUGCUGGAGAGCCUUCUGGGACAGACGAGGACUUGUGCAAAAUAUCAAGACAUUGUGUAUCCUUUUGCUGGGCAAAUGCCUUGGAUAGGUGAUACGAAGGUGGUAUGUGUAACAAAGAACCCGAUUUUUUUCGUCUUGUCUUCUUCUUCUUUUCUUCUUCUUUUAUUUUUCUCCAUGCUUCUCCCCACUUUCCAGCUAAAGUUGAACAAAAGUGCAAGCGAAACACUCGUAGCGUUUACUAUAGUUAGCUAGUUUUGGGACGAAAGGCUUACUGAUGGUUCUCUGUACUGGGAUUGUAUUCAUUUAUAUGACAGAGAUGGUUUAAUGAAAGGGGCACAGGCCUGGGAGCCUGUGACUUCAAAGCAGUAAUUAUUCCAAUAUUGAUUUCUCUGGAAGAUGAACAAUCACUUAACCUCUGUCUGUGUGCUAACUAGUGUUGAUAUGUCUGUGCAGUCGUGCAAACCCAAAGAUGACUUGAAAAUUUUCAAAGCACAGGGAAAGAGCAAGCAUUCGGAAAGCACUGAGUGGGGUUACCAAAUUUUAUUCUACUUGGCCUUAGUAGCAGAGUCACAUGAGCCACGUGCAGGAUUGGUGCCUGAGCGUUUUGUUACCUGCAAGAAACAGUUUGUCCUCAGGCUUACCCCCAGUGGGAUACUACCACUCUGUGGAGGGAAGCUUAGGGUUAUCUCAGAGUGGAAGUUCGCCAGCUGGAGAUGUUCUUCCCAGCCCCAUGAAAUUCCUCUCCGCUGUCUUUGCAUGUCUGUAUGGGGAAGAAGGAAGGUGGAUAGGAAGUCUUGUUACAUUGCUGAAGUGGCCCCUUUUUUUUUGGCUUUUCCAGAUACGAAGAAGCCUUCAAAUCUUAGUUAUUAGAAAGGGUUUUGAAUGCACUUGAAGUGCAGCAGUGGUGGCUGCCUGAAUAGGAGGGCCACAGACAUGAAAGACAAAAUCCUCUGGGCAAAAUAAGCUUUAAGAUCGGUUUUGCCCAGAACAAAUUUUGCACGGCUUCAACCACACAAGUGUUUCUCGCAUGUUUUGGUGGGAUUGCCAUGGUUUCAGGGAGGGCAGUUUUAGUGAUGAACACCACCUCUCAGCAGUGUGCCAAAAAUGGGAGUUCCAGUAUCAUGCUGGAGUUUCAGCCAUGCUCUUCCCUUUGGUUUCCACUCAUGGUGUCACCAACAGAUGUCUGGGAAGUGUGGCAGUGUCCCUCUCACACAUUGGAGACUGAAAUGAGAAGAUGCAGUUGGCGCAUGCAGCAGAGGAACAAGAAGAGCGGCACAGGAGACCCCACCCUGCCCUUUAUUCCCAAUGAGUUGUAGAGAGAAAAAGGGCAAAAGAAGUCAUCUCUAGCUCAUUUUCAAAAAACGGUUUGUUGAAAAUCAGAUAUAAAGCCCAGUUACUGAAGUGGCUCCUCUUUUGUUUUUCUGUGUGGGGAAGAGG